AUGCAAGGGCAAAUGGUUCGAGGAACUCCCAAAUGUGUUAUGGGCGUACCGAACCACAAAACGAAAACCAACGGGGGAAGUCUUUUUUCCUUAGCCUACGGAAGUGAAGCCAUUAUCCCAACGGAGAUCGGAUUGCCAACUGAGAUCGGAUUGCCCACAAUCCAAACGAUGGUGGUGGAUAGUAAGGAUAACGACCAACAGAUUGCUCAUAACCUCGAUUUGAUUAAGAAACAUCGAGAGGUUGCAGUGUUGAGACUAGCAAACUAUCAGAACCAAGUCGCUAAUUACUUUAACAAGCGAAUCGAUCCGAGAAGGUUCAAAGUUGGUGAGUGGGUCCUCAGGAGAGUAAUGGAAAACACCAAGGAUCUAAAUGCAGGCAAGUUUGGUCGCUUAUGGGAAGGACCGUUCGAGGUCACAGAAGCAUACGGAAAAGGUGCCCACAAGCUUAGACGGGUUGAGACUGAUGUGUUCAAACUUAUCAUCAAGAUCUAUGCCGAUCGCAACACUACCCCGAGGUUUCCAAUCCUUUGGGGGCAGUCAGUUGGAUCCAUGCUGAUCUCAACAUCACCCAGAGAGGUCACAAAUUCUCUGGGAGCAAUCAAUAAGAUUCAUGUCGAUCACAACACUACCCCGAGGUUACCAAUCCUCUGGGAGCAAUCAAUAAGAUUCAUGUCGAUCGCAACACUACCCCGAGGUUACCAAUCCUCUGGAGCCAGUCAGUUGGAUCCAUGUCGAUCUCAACAUCACUCGGAGGUCACCAAUCCUCUGGGAGCAAUCAAUGGGAUCCAUGCCGAUCCCGAUGUCACCCAGAGGUUUCCAAUAGGAUCCGUGCUAAUCCCAACACUACCCCAAGGUUAUCAAUCCUCUAGGGAUAGUCAGUUGGGCCCUUGUCGAUUCUUAAAUCACCUCAAGGGAAUUUAA